AUGACAUCCGUAAGAAAAAGAAAAAUGAACAGAUCUUCCGUUGGAAAGGCAACUAGGAGGACCAAAGACAAACAAAGGAAGAUUAACAUUCAGUCCAAUCCAAUUAUUGCUGCUAACUGGGAUUAUUCCUUAACAAUGGCACAAAAUUAUAAGAAGCUAGGUUUAAGAGCCAAGUUGCAAACACCGGCUGGUGGUAAAGAGGCCGACCUAAAUACCGUGGUUAAGAGGGUGCCAUUAACGAAGUCCUUCAUGGAUGAAGACGAAGAUGAAGACGAAGAUGAAGAUAAGCAGAAUGAUUAUGUGGGAGCUAGUGUGGAGCUCGAUGAAAAUGAGAUCCCAGAAGGUGAGGCAAGGAUACAACGUGACGAGAAUGGCGAAGUAGUAAGAGUUGUUUAUGGUAAGAAAGUUUCUUUUGAUGAGGAUGAGGAUGUCGACUCAAUGAAGGCUAAGCAGACCGGCGAGGGGACCGAAGUAGUUAAGCAAUUGGAGAAAUUUGCGUCUAGGCCAGUUUUUAGAAGAGAACGUUGCCAGAGCGAAAGGGAGGAAGAGUGGUUAGAAAGAUUAUAUGACAAGCAUGGGGAUGAUUGCAAAAAAAUGUUCUUCGACAAGAAGUUAAACAUUUUUCAACAAUCUGAGGGCGAUUUAAAAAGAAGAAUACUUAAGUGGAAAAAAAGAAAUAAUAUCGCAACUGAAUCGAUCGAAAGCAAUUAUUAA